UGCUAUUUUUUAAUGAACAAUACAAAGUUUAUAAAAAUUAACAAUGUAAAAUGUCUAUAGAAUAAGUUGGUUAUUUCUAAUUUUAAUUUUUCGCUCUCGUAAAUAUGUGUAAAUAUGAAUGUGAACUCGUAUAUACAUAUUAUCUUAUUAAAAUAUAAGUAGUCAACUUAUGUUAUAAACUUGUUUGCAACAAUUUAUAACUGAAAGGUACAGAUUAUAAUGUAAUUGUUUGUUAAUGUUUAAUUAUCUUUUUCUGUCAGUACGUAAUAAAUGAUUUUCUAAUAUUUUUUAUAAAUAAGUUAUUGAUAUAUAAUAUUAUAAUAUAAUAUAAUUGUGAUAUUUUCAAAAAAUUGUAAAAUAUAAAUAGAUAAAGUGGCAUGACUAAUUUGAUAUUUGGAGUUGGUAUAGGAUUGUUUCUUAUUUUAAUUCUUUGGGCUUUGGCUCUAUUAGUAUUUAUUAUUUCUUUAAAAAUUGAAAAGAAAAUUGGUACUCUUGCUAUAUUUAUAGUUAGUAUAUGCACAAUCGUUUUACUUAUAUUGCCAAGGGCAUCAGAGAAAUCUAAUACCAGUGACAAAAAGAUACAUAAUUUGUUACAGAUAUAUGAUCAUCUAUACAUCUGGCGUAUCUUAUUACUGAUAUUAUUAGUAAUAUCAUCUAUUAUUAGUUUAGUGGGAUAUGUAAAAUUUGAGAUAACAAAAUCUAUCAGACCAGUUCGAAUAACUAAUUGGAUCUUUUAAAAACCUGUAAAUUUACUAAUAAAACAGAAGUAUUUCUUACUAACUAUAUGAGAUAAUUGGAAAAGAUUGGUUUAGCCUGAUCUUUUUAUAUUUAAUAUCUUUGCUUAGUUUGUGAUAUAAUAACAUUUAAAAAAUUAUAAAAUGUUGCGUAGCAUUACUAAGCUUUCAUCAAGUCUAGUGAGAUUUGUUUCUUCGUCAUGCCAGAAGAAUAAGCAAUUUGAAAUAAAUAAUAAUAGUGAAUUUGUUAGCAAGGUAAUGAACAGUUCAGUACCAGUCAUUGUAAAUUUUCAUGCUGAGUGGUGUGAUCCUUGUAAAAUAUUGACACCUAAAUUAAUAGAACUCAUAGGACCAAUGGAUAAACUGAAUCUUGCUAUUGUAAAUUUGGAAUCAAAUCCAGAAUUAGUACAUAUUUUUGAAGUAAAAGCCGUGCCAGCUAUUAUAGCAAUUUCAAGCGGAUUAGUAGUUGAUAAAUUUGUAGGUUUAACUGACUUAGAUAUCAUAGAAAAUUUAAUACAAAAACUUACGAAUACACCGAAGAAUUCUGAAAAUGACAAGGGAAAAAUUUAAUAUGCAUCUCAUAUAUUAUAUAAAAUUAUUAAAAUAAAUAAUUUAAUACAUUUUUUUAGUUUGAAUUGAGCUAUGCAAUUUUGUUUCAUUGAGCAAUAAUAUUAUGCGAUGCUAGGGUAAAAAUAUGAAAUAGUAAUUUCAAAAAAGAUAACAUUUUUAUUUUUUUAUUUAUAAUUUUUAUAAUAUCUUGUGUUAAUUAUUUUACAAACACUUAGUAAUUUGUUAUAUAUAUCAAUAAUAUUAUAACAUGGUUAUAAAAUGAUUUUUGAACUGAUUGUGUAUUACAUACAAUAUGCUAUAUUAAUUAAUAUUAAUGGCCUUUUUUAGUCUACCAUUUCGUGACAUUAACUGUACUUAUUGAUCUAAUCCUAGUUUAAAACUGAAGUAUAUUUCAAGGAACUUACUUUCUUUGUAUAAUCGCUAUCGCUAUCUGUAUAUCUCUUAUUGGAAUACAGUUAAUGAGAUUAACGUGAUUUCAAUAAAAUUCGUUUAAAGCACGUUAUGCAAUAAAGUUAACAAUGGCUCAUUAAAUAAUGAAUGCAAAUCUAAGAUGAUAAAGCAUAAGUAAUGCAAGGAUUUAAAACAAACUGUUAUUUAGUUUGACUUCUAAUUUUAUAUUUAUUUUUAAUUUUGAAGCAAUUCUGUACAAUCUAUGUAUGAAAUUACUGUUAAUUACAGAUAGUAGGCCAAAGAUUUAAUAAAAAACAUUUAAUUCAUGUA